CUUCCUACCCCAUGUUAAUGUCCCCCAUUCCAUGUUCCCACUUCAAAAUUUAGACCUCUGACUUCACACCCUCAAUAGUUGACACGCAUACCAUAUAUACAGUAGCUUACUAUUGGAAAUAAAAUCUUAUGAGAUAUUUUUAGCUAACAUUAAUAUGCUUUCUGGUACUACAGGGAUCAUGGCCUUUGUUCCUUCUACUCCUCAAACUUCUAUCAAGUUUCAAGAUAAUCACAUUCCUUCCACCUCCCCUAAAGUUUUUCCUUCUCCUUGUAAUAUUCCUCAUCAAGACUUCAUUGGUGUAUCAUCAAUGUUAAUGAGGAGAUCGAUGUCGUUUUCGGGUGUGGAGAGGUGCGAUAAUCAUCAAGAUUUGAGAGUGGACGAUAAUGAAAUGUCUGAUGAUGAUGGAUCUUCACAAUUGCUAGGGGAGAAGAAGAAGAGGCUUAAUUUGGAACAAGUGAAGGCACUGGAGAGAAGUUUUGAAAUGGCUAACAAGCUUGAGCCUGAGAGGAAAAUUCAGUUGGCUAGAGCUUUAGGGUUGCAGCCUAGACAGAUUGCAAUUUGGUUUCAGAACAGAAGAGCAAGGUGGAAGACUAAACAAUUGGAAAGAGAUUAUGAGAUCUUGAAGAGACAAUAUGAUGCACUUAAGUCUGAUAAUGAUGCACUCAAGACUCAAAAUAAGAAUCUUCAUUCCGAGCUCCAGUCAUUAACUCUGAGGAACAGAGAAUCAGGCGGCGGAGGUACACAAAUGAUUAAUCUAAACAAAGAAAACGAGGGAUCUUGGAGUAAUGGAAGCGACGACAACAACAGUAUAGACGUAAAUCUUGGAACAACCACAACUACAAGGACAUCAUCAGGUGACAGCCCAUUUUACUCCAAGAAUAAUGUUUUCCCAGAAUCCAGCCCAAUCCCUCUGGCCCAGCUCUUUCAUCAGAGCUCAUCAAGAUCAGAUCUCCAGUGCCACAAGAUUGAUCCAACGGUCCCAGAUGAUCAAGGUUUCUGCAAUAUGUUUGUUACUCCCGUGGAUGAUCAGACAAAUUUUUGGCCAUGGCCAGAGCAGCAACAGUUCAAUUAAUCUUCUUUAAUAUCAUUCAACGGUUGUCCUUUUUGUUCUUAUUAUCAAUAGUUUAUUCCUUAAUUGGGUGUAUAGCAAAUCAUGUAAGAAUUAUUACCAAGCACUUGAUAGUGACAUGUGAGAAAUUUCAAAGUGAUGUUUCUUUUUUAUGUCUUUUUAUUUUCCUUA